AUGUUUAUCAUUAGUUGGAAUGUGGCAGGGUGGUCCUCGACGUCCCGAAUGAUACGAGAGGACUUUGGAAGCAUUGCAUCUUUUCUGCAGCGGACUCAAGCGGACAUUGUUUGCCUACAGGAAGUGAAGGGGUCGUGGGCAAAAUUAGAGGCGGAUCCUUGUGGUAUGGGCGCCAGUGACGGCGGAAGGACGUUGGCCAUCGAUGGAUGGGAGUCGUUUUGGUCCUUCAGUGGUAAAGCACACCGUGGAUUCAAUGGGGUGGUGUCAUUUGUCCGGAAGGAUCUCACAUGGUGGUGUGACUCCCGUCCGUUUAGUGAAGAGGAUUUGAAUGAUGAAGGCCGUGUGAUUGUCACCUGCCAUAGUGCCUUUGUGGUGGUGAACACGUACGUCGUGAACGCCCGUCAUGGCCAACGCAUGGCGUUUAAAAUGCGUUUUUUGUCCAGUCUAAAAAAUCUUUUAACUCGGCUGAAAAAGCAAACGGGUAAACCUGUCAUUUUGCUAGGGGAUUUGAAUCAGACAUAUCGAGCGGAGGACGCGUGCUGGUCUUUGCGGCGACUGAGUUUACCCGCGCUGCGCAACCUUGUCCACGUGUGUCAAGCGGGGGGAGAAGAAGCAGAGAAAACAUGGGCGCAGCAGUUUCCGUGGCUUCCCAUGCCUACCUUGCAACGGCUGCAGGGAAUCAUAACGGAGCAGGUCUCUUGUAUGCUUCUUGCCGGUGAUGACAAUGAGGACGUUGUUGAUUCUAACAAAAGUAUCAGCGUUGACAGUGCCGUUUUGGAUGAAACGCGGAACGACACGGAGGACGGUAAAAAUGGAAAUACGGGAGCCCAUAAAAGUCUCACCCUGCUUAAGCAGCUGAUACGAGAGCGUCGAGAGCAGCGUAGACGGAAUGGUGGUUCAGACCCGCUAGCGACGUUGGAGGAACUUUGUAGGGCUGGCCUUCAAGAUGUCCCUGUGGAGUCUUUCAUGCGUCGUCAACCAUCGACGCACAACCGUGAGCUUUUUGCCCUGACACAGUACUGUGGUUUACCCCCACAUGAAGACGUGGGUGUGCAGUUUAUGAAAAGGCUUCUUGACGAACUGCACUUGUGCGACACCCUUCUCGUGACGUCUUCCUCGGCGGAGAAUAAGGCGCAACGACAAGAGGGAGGCGAAGCGUCGAUGAGGGUUGUGUGCCCGUAUACAUGCUGGGAUCAAUCCAGGAAUAGGCGGCAGCGAAACGAGGGGACGCGUAUUGACUACAUCUUGAUUGAUGAGAUGCUUCUCCCGGCCUUGGUUCCGUGUGGUAUGACAGAAAACAACGUCGGGGUUUUCUCCCCCAUGAUGGGUGAAGCGAAUUCGUUGUUUGCGGCAAAGAAGGAGGCGUCAUCCGCUUUUUUUGAUGAGUUUGAUGGUCGAUCCGCGCUUGUUGGUGCGCGCCGCGCGAUGGCAGACGGAAUGUACCCGGCAGCUCCGUUUGACGGCUCGGGCCUGCCGCCGUUGAGCACGGAGGCGAGAGACGUGCAGUUCCGUGGCCUGCCGUCGACGGGUCUGUUCGUUACUCCGCCGCAGUACAGUGACCACAGCGGGGUGUGUGCCCAUUUUGACGGCAUAUCGCUUGCCCCACGGCCAGGCAAACUAGAGGAGCGGCACCGCUGCCAGUACCGACCUCCCGUUAGCCUGCAUGCAUUCUUCGCAAAGCGCUUAAGGGACGAAGAAAUGACCAUAAGGACAGAAGCCGCCGUAACGGUGCCAAAAACGCCAAUGGGGGAGAAGGGGAAGAGGCCGCACUUGCCAAAAGUUGUGGAAAAGCAAAAGGAAGAUAACCCGGCAAUUGAAAUUACCGAUGUUAUUUCCUAA